CACUGGCUAUCCGGUGCCCGUCGUUGAGCCUGUGGCUUCGCGCACGUCGGGCAUUCCCCGGUGCCCGUUUGUGUCCGGCUCGCUGGGCGCUCCCUGCUGCCUCCCCGGUCAGCGGGGAGGUGGCGAGCGUUCCCAGGACCCCGGGGACCUCGAUACUUUCUUCCUUCCCGUCAGGCAGCGCUAGGGUCAGGCGGGCUGCGCGCGCAGCCGCCGUCGUGAAGGCCCUGGCAGGACCCCGGCGCUGCUGAGGCGGCCGGAGAGGGAGCGGGAGCCGAAGCCCGAGUGGGAGGCGUUGUCGUCGACGUUGCUGUCGUCGGCGUCGGCGUCCGGGCGGGGGCGCGGCGAUGUGGUGGGGCGAGGGGCCCGGCGAGUGGCAGACGCUGGCCUGGGAGCUGCUGGGCGCCUCGGCUGUGGUGCUGCUGGUCCGCUGUCUCGUUCGUCUCCGGGAGCAGUGGCCAGGGGCGGUCGGCCGAGGCCGCGGCAACCUCUUCCUGGGCUCCGGGCCGGGCCUCGACCCCGGCUCUGACUGCAGCCCAAGCCCGCACCUAGGCCCGGCCCCAGGCUCCGGCGCCGUCCCCAGUCCGGUCCCCGGCCCUGCAUCCCCGGCUCUCAGCGGCCGCCGCUCAGGUAAACUAUCAAUGGAUGUUAUUUUGGCCAGAUUGAAAGAUCUGAACCCAGAUGAUCUUAGAGAAGAAAUUGUCAAAGCAGGACUCAAAUGUGGGCCUAUUACAUCAACAACAAGAUUCGUUUUUGAAAAAAAACUGGCUCAGGCUUUGCUGGAAAAACAAGGAAGAGUUGAACUUUUUUCAUCCCCUCCAGAUCAAGCUUCAGAAAAUGUUGCUAUUAAACCAACAGAAACAAAACAGACUUUGAAAUCUACUGUGGUAAACCCAGCAAAGCAUACCAGUUUGUCUGAAGACAGAGAUUUUGGUUAUAAUAUGGGUUUGAAUCCUCCAGAAGAGGAUGCUUUAAUUCAUAAGACCUGUUCUAUGCCACUUGGUGGAAUGGCUGAUACUGACUCACAGAAAGCUAUCUCAGUGCCGUCCAAAGAUCCUCCUCUGUACUAUGGAGUAUGUCCAGUUUAUGAUGAUGUCCUAGCAAGAAAUGAAAGGAUUCAUGUCUAUGAGGAUAAGAAAGAAGCUUUGCAAGCUGUUAAAAUGAUCAAAGGGUCUCGAUUUAAAGCUUUCUCAAACAGAGAAGAUGCUGAGAAAUUUGCUAAAGGAAUCUGUGAUUAUUUUCCAUCCCCAACCAAAACAUCCUUUCCUCCCUCUCCAGUGAAAACGGUGCCAUUUUUUAAUCAAGAUGGUUUAUGCUCACCUGAGUCAGAAUCAGUUAACAAAGAGCGAGCAAACAGUUUUAAAAGUCCUCGUACACAAGACCUGACUUCCAGACUCCGAACAGCUGUGGAGAAGGGAGAUGAAGCUGCGUUUUCAGAACUUAUCUGGAAUAACCCCCGCUAUCUAAUUGGUUCUGGGGACAACCCAACAGUAGUACAGGAAGGAUGUAGGUACAAUGUCAUGCAUGUGGCCACCAAAGAGAAUCAGGCUCGUAUGUGCCAAUUGAUUUUAGACACUUUGGAAAAUCCUGAAUUUAUGCGACUUAUGUACCCGGAUGAUGAUGAGGUCAUGUUGCAAGAACGUAUUCGAUAUAUUGUUGACCUUUAUCUUAACACUCCUGAUAGAAUGGGAAAUGAUACUCCUUUGCAUUUUGCUUGCAAAUUUGGGAAUGCAGAUGUGGUCAAUGUACUUGCUUCACACCCUGGUGUUAUAAAAAAUCCCAGAAACAGACAUUUACAAACUCCUGAAGAUGUAAUUUGUGAAAGAAGUAAAAAUAAGUCUGCAGAAUUAAAGGAACGAAUCAGAGAAUAUUUAAAAGGUCAUUAUUAUGUGCCUCUCCUGAGAGCAGAAGACAAUUCCUCUCCUGUGAUUGGGGACAUCUGGACUCCUGAUCAGGCAGAUGGGCGCCCUCACACAUCAAUACCCCGAUUUGCGAACAGCCCAAAAGAUCCUGUUCUGAGUGUGAGAGCUUUUGCAGGGCCAUUGAGCCCAUCCAAGGCAGAAGACUUUCGUAGACUUUGGAAGACUCCACCUAGAGAGAGAGCUGACUUCUUUCAUAAUGUCAGAAAAUCUGAUCCAGAAAGAGGUGUUGAAAGAGUAGGAAGGGAGUUAGCCCAUGAACUGGGAUUUCCAUGGGUUGAAUACUGGGAAUUUUUGGAUUCUUUUCUUGAUCUAUCUUCUCAGGAGGGCCUACGAAAACUAGAAGAAUACCUUGGUCAACUUGAAAUGAGCAAAAAAGGCCACCAAGAAACAGGAGAAAAUGAGACUUGUAACAGACCUAAAACUUAUAAUACUUCUGGCAGAAGUAAAAAAUGCAGCAACUCCAUCUCUGUGGGAGCAUUUCUAGAUGAAGAAGAUGACAUGAGCCUAGAAGAAAUUAAAAACAGACAAAAUGCAGCACGGAAUAACUGCCAGCCACUUGUUUCCCAAGAGCCUACCAUUGGUGCUUUUGGAGACUCACCAUGUGAUAUUCUGUCCAUGGAACACACAGCAAAAGUAAUAGAUACAUCACACCCACCUGGCAGACACUAUGAGAAGGGGGGUUCUUCCAACAGAAAUGGGUUCUGUAGUCCUGUUACUCAAGACAGGAUCAUCAGCAGGGAAAGGCAAAAGUCACAGAGUGGGCAGGAGGGUUUUUUUUCUCCUGUCUCCAAUUUAAUGACAGAAUUUGACAAACUAACAUUGCAAGAUGAAGAAAAUGGUUUUUUUGAGAAAACAAACCAAGUUAUGGCAAAAACUGAUGAUGAGAGAAUUCUGACUUCAGGAAUGAAUCAAGUCAGAAUUUCCAGAGACCAGGGAGAUAAAAUCUGUGCAAAUCAGAUAAAGGAAAACUACUUGUUAGAAGAAGAUGCUACUGUGGUGGGCAAGUCUGGAAAUGGCAAAAUAAGGACAGGAAAAGGAACGUCACCUGGAAUCGAUAGAUUGUUUUUGGAUCCCGGUGCCCAAGAUGGAGGGUCACAGCUUUGUGGGCAGGCUCACUUGCCGCCUGGCUUUUCUCUCUUAUCUUCAGAGUCUCCUUCUCCAAGACUCUUUACCAAGAUUCCACCUCCAAAUGAAAGAGCCAAGAGAUUCUUUCUUCAAGGGGAAGAGCCAACCAAACUGGACCGGGAUGUUUUAGCAGCUCUAGAACGUGUUGACAUUGACCCUCAGAAAUACCCUGCUAUCAGCAAAUGGAAGAAUACUGUGCAGUCCUUUUCUGCUUUAGAAAGGCAAAGCUGGCCAAGCCCUGCGUUGAAAGGAAAACUCAAAUCCCAGUGUUCAACUCUGGGUUCACCUCGAAGCUCUGUGUGUUCCAGUCCUGGAAAAUAUGGCAAUUCUUCGUGUUCACCUAGUUUGGGGAGCCCUGGACGGUACAGCCCUGCAUAUGCAAAUUUCGUAUUAAAGUUAGGUCACCCUCCUGAGCCACCUGCCCUGUAGAAGAUGAGUGUUUCUUCUGGGGACCCCAUUUAAUUUUUAUUUUUUGUUUGUUUGUUUAAAAGUGGGGAGGCACAUAGAAGAAAGUUUUGUUGAAAUAACACAAAAGAAUGUAUUCUGGUUAUUUAUUAAUCCUCGUUUGAAGAGGACAAAUGUACAAUUUUUUAAAAAAUGCAAAUAUAUAUUGUUUAUUAUCCCAGUUAAAUUACUGUUACUUUGUGAGAGUUAACAAAGUGUUAACUCAGAGAAAAAUUUUUAAGUAUUCCUUUGUGGUAAAGCAGUGACAAAUCCAGGCCGUCUUAAUUAGAGAUUCUUAUUAAAAAUGAGGAUCUUUAUAAUAGAACAAUAUGAUCAUCCAUUUUACCCUGUGUUGGGUGAGGUACAGGUUCACCCUGACAAAGAGCAGCCAUGUAUCGAAGCAGGUGACUGAAUGUCAGGGAGUCGAGUGCACUUAAGAGUUAGCCAUCCCCUAACUCUGAAACUUGCACCAGUACACAGUUUGUUAGGUUUUUACUUUAUUUUAUUCAUAAAAAGGAAAAGUUUGGUAACUUUUGGGCUUCGAGUUUUCAUUACAUGAUGGAUGGACAGAAACAUCCCUCUGGCUAACUAAUAUCACUCCAAACUGGCUUGAAGAAAAUUGUGUUGAGGAUGCUAAACAAAAACCUGUUACAAUUCUUUCUUUUUCUUGUAAACAUCAGCGUUGGAGAUGCUGAUAAUUUUGAUUCACUGGGAGCAUUAAGAAAGUUGACUUGAAGACAACAACUGGAUUUUCCCUAUGAGAAUUAAUGGCAGUGGUCACACCAAGAACAUUAGCAAUAACUUAGGGCCUUUCUGACCAGGCGGGGUCUCAUAGUCCAGGUUAGUGUGACCCCCUUCUUUGGGCCUAAAGAAAUCCCCAAACCACUUCUUUAGCUUGGAAGCUGCCUCAGAAGCCUGCAGUGGCAAAUGUCUCCUGUGCCUUAGCCUGGGGAAGACCACUGGCUUGUUUGGCAGAAGUGUGUGCACUGACUGCCAUAUGACAGGAGCACAGGAGCUAGGCCUUUCUCCCCUGGCUCAGACUUGAAAUGGGUGUAUAAAAGGUAUUUGUAGACAUCUCUUUACAGGCUUAGAAUCAGUAGGACACAAAUGGCACUUUAAUAACCUCUGAGGACUGGUGCUGUCACUGAGCAAGGCUCCCCAAGCAAGCUGUGCCCUCUUCUGACCAAGAUGGAGGCUGAAUAUGGCCUCCAGAAUUGCUCUUCAUGUUUCUGUCAGCUUAAUAGUGCCUUUUGUUAAAAAACAAACAAACAAAAAGUAAUUUUUUGACCUUCCUUUUUGAAGUGUAACUUGACAUCUUAAGUUUAAACACUUAAGAUGUUUAUUUCCUUUGUAGGAGUUUUUAAUUGAAAUAUACAUGAGAGGCUGUUACUUCUGCAUGGUGACUGGAGAAGGAUCUGAAUUUUGGAAUCAAGCUGUAGAUUGUAAAAUUGUAAAGAUAUUAUUACAGUUAUCAUUUAAUUUGUUGUGUACCAAAUAAUCUGGGCAGCAAGUAGGUGGAAGUCAUGUGUCCUCUUAAGAACAGAGCGUCAUUCUGAAUAGUAACAAAAUACUGUUACUGCAUUCACAGUGGAGGGAAAUUUCUCCAUCCUGAUUCCCUGUUACACUAGCCAGUAUACUAAGGUGUUUGUAUUAACUUUUAUUUUAUACAUAAACAUGGAAAUAAAAAUUACAGUGUCCAUUU